CACACACGCUUGACACCAUCUGAACCAAAUAAGUUUAUCUUGGUCUCAUCAGACCACAGAACAUGGUUCCAGUAAUCCAUGUCCUUAGUCUGCUGCUUGUUUCCAGCAAACUGCUUGCAGGCUUUCUUGUGCAUCAUCUUUAGAAGAAGCUUCCUUCCUUCUGGGACGACAGUCAUGCAGACCAAUUUGAUUCAGUGUGCAGCGUAUGGUCUGACCCCCGCACCCCUUCAACCUCUGCAGCAAAACUGGCAGCACUCAUAGGUCUAUCUCCCAAAGACAACCUCUGGAUAUGAUGCUGAGCACGUGCACUCAACUUCUUUGGUUGACCAUGGAGGCCUGUUCUGAGUGUAACAUUUCCUGUUAAACCGCUGUAUGGUCUUGGCAAUCUUCUU